AUGACAAAAUUCAUUGGUAAAUCAGGGAAUCAAAGUACAGUAGGAGGUUCAUCAAAAGACACAAUCACCAAUACGAAGACUUCAAAAUCACAAAAGCAACCGAUAUCUAAACUGCACGAGCGUAGACAAUUCCAAAGGCCAAACAUAGAGAUCGCUAAAUCUACUUCACAAUUUCAGCCCAUCAUCAUCCCAAGUCCCUAUGAAUGGCAAUCACUAGUAUCCAUUCCUGAAAAUUGCUCGAGCUAUAUAUCAAUCCCUUCAAGUUUAUCUCUUAGUCAUUUCCGUUUAACGCGUCCAAAUAAACGAGCUUCUCCAUCCGCUGAGAUGAUCAAUAAGGUGGACGAAGAGAGAACCAUCAAAGAAAGAAGGUUUUACUUGCAUCCAUGUCCAAGGUCUAAAUAUGGAAAUGCUGCAGAACUAGAGUUACUCACCUUGUUUCCUUUAACUUCCCCUCGUGAAAACAAUGAAUCAUGA